GAGAGCCAUUGUUGAAUAAUCGGUACCAUGAGAACUGCCCUGGCUGUAAGGUGGAUCAAGCCAAGGAAAUGAACCAUGGCUUACCCGUAAAGCAUCUUCUCAACGUAUGGAUGGUGACUGUGUGCACCGCGCUGCCUGUAUCAUGUCUCUUCCCGUUUCUUUAUUUCAUGGUAAAGGACUUUGGUAUUGCGAAAACAGAGGCAGAUAUCAGUUCCUAUGCUGGUUACGUGGGAUCUUCAUUCAUGUUCGGCAGAGCUUUAACAUCACUUCCAUGGGGAAUAUUUGCUGACCGAUAUGGGCGAAAAUAUGCUAUAGUUAUAGGCCUUGUUGCAGUUGUUGUGCUAAACGCACUAUUUGGCCUUAGCACAAGCUUUUGGAUGGCUGUUAGCACAAGAUUUCUUCUUGGAAUCUUAAAUGGAUCUCUUGGACCGAUAAAGGCUUAUGCGAGUGAACUUUUUCAAGAAGAAUACCAAGCCUUGGGACUCUCAACUGUCAAUUCAGCUUGGGGCGUAGCUUUAGUCGUUGGUCCAGCAUUGGGAGGCUAUUUAGCUCAACCAGUGGAGAAAUAUCCGCAUGUAUUUCCAAAAGGUUCCUUAUUUGAUAAGUUUCCAUACUUCUUGCCCUGCUUUAUAAUAUCAUCCUUUGCACUUGCUGUAUUAGUUGCCUGUAUCUGGCUGCCGGAAACAUUGCACAACCACAAGGUUACUGAUGAGUCCGAUGAGGAUGCAGAAGCUUUAGAAACUGAAACCACAGGAAAGAGAGUUCAGAAAGAUGAAAACCUCCUCCUGAAUUGGCCGUUGAUGUCAUCCAUUAUAAUUUAUUGCGUUUUCUCACUGCAUGAUAUAGCUUAUACAGAGGUUUUCUCUUUAUGGGCUGUCAGUCCUCUAAAGCUGGGGGGUUUGAACUAUUCAACUGAUGAUGUUGGCAAUGUUCUUUCAAUAUCAGGUUUUACUCUUUUGCUCUACCAAAUCUUUGUUUACCCGUGCGUACAGAAAGUUUGUGGACCUGUAAGACUUAAUCACAUUUCAGGGGCUACAUCCAUACCUCUCUUGCAAAGUUAUCCUUUCAUAGCAUUGUUAUCUGGUUUCCCACUGCGCCUGUUGAUAACUAUUGCUUCUGUCCUUAAGUUUUGUCUCUCUGUAACUAUUAUUACUGGUUUAUUCCUUCUGCAAAACAGAGCAGUGGAACAGCACCAAAGGGGAGCAGCUAAUGGUAUUGCUAUGACUGGUAUGUCAAUUUUCAAAGCAAUUGGCCCUGCUGGAGGUGGCGCUGUAUUAACUUGGUCGCAAAAGCGGUUAGAUGCUUCUUUCCUUCCAGGUUCCCAUAUGGUAUUUUUUGUACUGAACCUAGUAGAAGUACUUGGACUGCUAAUGAUGUUCAAACCAUUCCUGGCUGAGAAAAAGAAAAGCCCAUCAGAACAGUUGCUGUAAUAUCAGUAAUCCCAUGUUGCCGUUGAAGCCUGAAGGGAUGAAUGAAACCAUUAAGGCCAGUGAAGCCAGAAUAGAGUGAGAAAGAGAGAGAGAAAAACAGAGAAGUG